AUGUAUGGCGAGUACAUAGAUGAAGAAGGACGAAGACAAAGCUAUAUUCUACCAUCGGACGCAUACCCAAACUCUUCACGAGGGGCUAAGAAUAGGAACAGCUCCGUGUUUUCGGCAACAGGUGCAAGCGGGUCAGGGAGAGAUCGGAGUAGCGGCGGGUCUCAGGGAAACGAACUGUUACCGGGCUCACCAGCACUGGCUCACCGCUCACCGUCCCCGUCAAGGUCACCCAGUGAAACUGCAAACCAAUUCUUUCCUCUUCACGACACCGACUACGAAUCCGAUCCGGCUGCUGUGGCUCAGGAGAUAAGCAACCUCCAGGCCCUUCGUCGGAUGUCUAUGGACGUCACUUCCACGGCCGAUCCCGACUUGCCGUCGUUCAACUCGUUUAUACCAUCUACACCUCCGGAAGAUGGUGGUGAUCCGGGAAGCGUUUUUUGGGUUCCAGCACGCCUACAUCCGGAACUUGCCCCGAAGGAAUUUAGUGCGUAUCUGGAGGCGAAGAAGAAUGAGAUUCGUAGGCCACAACGGGAUGGGUCUUUAUCACCAGAUGGGGCGGAGGUUAGUGGUGGUCCUGGACUAAGAAGGAAGAAAUCAAUGCUAUCAAAACAAAUCGAUCAUUCAGAUGGUGCAAAAGGAUACCGGGAUGGAACGGAGGCACUGGGGAGGCGGCGGUCUGGAAAGGAGGGGCCGCCUCAGUUACAGCUAGAAGAUCUGAUGAACGAUCCAAACACACUUAUGCGGAAAUUGAGUGUUGAGAGAAGAAACGGGGAAGGUAGGAUUGCUAUGGAUCUUUGGAUACUGGGGCCAGACUCUAAUGGUUACUUAGGCGAUAUGCCAAUAUUACAAGCUCACCCAGCAGGAGCAGGGCUUCGGCGGUCAACCAGAACGACAUAUAGGAGAGGAAGUCUUCGAAAAGGGGAACCUUUUAUGAAAAGACAAGCAAAGGCUUCAGAAACAGAUACUGAGGAAUAUACUGCAUCCUCACCUAUAGUUGGGAGGCCCUCAGGGUUUGGGUUGCAAAGGGUAUCAACGGAGCCUAUACCUUCAAUACCGUCCCAUUUCUCCACCAAGAGCCAACCAGAGGGGCAAUCUUCAAAGCCAACUCGUUCUGCUAACAAGAAGGUUCCGGCCACAGAACCAUCCGCCAGUUCAAUUGAUCUAUCCAAUGUUUCCACACCAACACAGCCAAAACCUUCUGGUGAUAGUAAGCAUAAAUCUGCACCACCGCCACAAAAACAAAGGAGAAGGGCUUCGUCACCAAAAGGGACAACUAGGCCCCGGACAAGUGAACCCGCGCCCCCGGUACCGCGUAUUGUUGAGACACCCCCGCCAUCUGAAGAACCUAAAAAGAUGGUCCACCCUGAACGCCAUUCUUCGCUAGAUCCCCCCUCGCAAACGAACAAGCCUCCAAAACAAACACGACCAGCUAUGGUAAGGACACCUGGUGGUUCUGCGGCCGAUUUGUCGAAUGAAUCUACCCAAGCGCCGUCAACUCCAGCUCCUGCUCCAGCCCCUGCUCCCGCCUCAGCUCCAGCAACCCCACAACCAGGCAAUCUCACAAAAGCCAGCCAGCUUAUGAUGGUUCCAGGUGCCAAUACAGCGGAUGACAGUAAGGAUAAGAGAAGACCGGACUCUUCGGGAAGUGGAGAGUCUUCAACGAGAAAAUCAAGUUGGGGAUGGUUGCUAGGAGAUUCAGAGCACAAGGCCAAAGAUAAACACGACAGGGAGAAAGAAGAGAGAAGGGAGAAGGAAGAGAAAGAUAAAGAUAAAGAGAAGAGAGUGCGGAAAGAAAAACGACCUAAAUCAUCGGACAAGUCAACAGAGAAAUCAACAAAAGACCAUGAUAACACUCGUCUUGAUCUUCUCCAAAAGUCUAUAGACCUAGGCAAUACCGGAAAGGUAAUAACUGCCGACCCCGUUGGGACCAAAACGGAUGAAAAGGCCGAUAAAGAAUCUAGAAAAUCCCGUGGAGAAGAAAAGAAGGACAAGGAUAAGGAAUCAGGGGGCAUCCUUUCGUUCUUUGGGAGCUCACGAAAAAAAUCUGGAGGUGAUACCUCUAAAUCAAAGAAUGGCUCAUCCAGGAAUCCGUCUCCGUCUCCUUCGCGCGAGCAGCCACAGCAAAACUUCUACUACACCAGGUUUCCGAUACAUAUUGAGCGGGCUAUUUAUCGGCUCUCUCAUUUGAAGCUUGCAAAUCCGCGGAGACCUUUACAACAACAGGUACUAUUAAGUAACUUUAUGUAUUCGUACCUUGCAAAGGUACAGCAGACACAACCGCAUCUGGUACAACAGGCUACUACUGCACCUAGUCGAGAAGCGCGCCAUCGGGAGAAACAGGCCCAGGCUCUAGCCCAAGAACAGCAGAAUCAACAACAGCAGAAUCAACAACAGCAGAAUCAACAACAGCAGCAACAGCAGCAGCAGCAAAAUCACCACCAGCAGCAGCAGAGUCAUCAGCAAACGGAUCCGCAGGGGAAUCAGUACUACCAGUACGAGGAUGCCUCUUCAAAGGGCGGAACCGACUAUGUGGAUGACUCACAGAUGUACGAAUACGAGGAUAGCGGGAAUGAAAGCACUGAUAGUAGACCUCAAUCACGAGCUUCGCGGCGUGACCGGCAAGAAAAAAGCAACGGUCACUAUGAUAAUUCUGGAUCAAAUCGAUCAGAACACAACAAUGGGGGGAAGCAUUCCCAUCGAGCUGGAGGCGAGGGUUCUUCAAGCAGUCAGGACAAAAUAGCAGGCAGUGAUGAUAUGUGGUGA